GAGACCUUGUGCGGCGGUGUGGUGGCUGUAAUUUAUGAAUGGAAGGGAAGUGAUUCGCGUUCUGUGCGUUCGCUUGUGGGAGUGUGUUGUUCGUUGCAUUCCGUGGAGGGUAGAAAAGUGAAGGAGGUGGUCAAUAGCGAUUCCAUCGCGUAGGGGAGAUGCUUGUGUAUUUGCCUUUGUGCUCCAAGUGCAGUGGAAAUCCCGGUGAAGGUCCGUCCGUUCACUCGCCCCAUUUGGCUGGACCAGUUUUUUGCAGUGUAGCCGUUUUCUCGCAUGGAAGACGCUGCUGGAAGUGCGCGUUACAAGCGAUUAGGUCCGCGCCUCGUCCGCUUCGACCUCUUGUUUCGCGCAACGGUUUUCAGUGUGAUGGCAUGUAAAAGAGGUGACGGCGAUUUGUGAUCAAACUUCUCGAUUUCAGCGGAUUCGCUCGCUUAGUAUUGUUAUCGGUCGGUGGAAUCGGAGUGAAAAGCGGAAUCGCGAAAUUCGCGAAAAGAACGGCGAAAUGUUGGUGCCACCCGACAUGGUGGCGGCGCAGUCCAAGCUGAUUUACCAACUGAACAAAUUUAGUGCGGAACGUGUACAGGCGCGAAUGCUGAAAAUUUCCAGUGCAAUUCGGGAAAUCGUCAAAAUCGUUCAGGACAUCCUUAAGGAAGUUGAGAUACAAGAGCCACGAUUUAUAUCCAGCUUGACGGAGUAUAAUGGACGAUUCGAAGGAUUGGAAGUUAUAUCUCCUCACGAAUUCGAGAUUGUUCUGUACCUGAAUCAAAUGGGAGUCUUCAACUUUGUCGACGAUGGAACUCUUCCUGGUUGCGCUGUACUGAAGCUAAGUGACGGCCGCAAGCGGUCUAUGUCCCUUUGGGUUGAAUUCAUCACUGCCUCUGGAUACUUGUCUGCACGGAAAAUGCGAUCACGUUUUCAAACUCUUGUCGCGCAAGCAUGCGAUAAAAGUAUAUAUCGGGAUGUAGUGAAGAUGAUUGCGGAUACCACAGAGGUCAAGCUUCGAAUAAGAGAACGAUAUGUGGUCCAAAUUACACCCGCAUUCAAAUGCCCGGGAAUUUGGCCACGAUCAGCUGCCCAUUGGCCUCUAAUGGGCAUCCCAUGGCCACAUCCUAGUAUAGUUGCUGAAGUGAAGCAUGAAGGAUUUGAUUUGCUGUCCAAGGAGUGCAUCACACUGCAAGGGAAGAAUGCUGCGAUGGAGGGUGAUGCAUGGGCCGUGAGUUUUUUCGAGGCUGAGAAUCGCUUGCUAGUGGGGGGCUGCCGCAAACGGUGCCUGAGCAUUCUGAAAACGUUACGUGAUCGGCACCUAGAUCUCCCAGGCAAUCCGAUUACAUCAUAUCACCUGAAAACGCUGCUUUUGUAUGAGUGCGAGAAGCACCCGCGCGAUUUCGAGUGGAGCGAAACCAGCAUUGCGGAUCGAAUUAAUGGCAUUUUCUUGCAACUGAUCUCAUGUUUACAGUAUCGACGAUGUCCGCACUAUUUCUUGCCGAGCGUGGAUCUAUUCAAAGGUAAGACUCCCAGCUCGUUGGAUGCCGCCGCGAAGCAGGUGUGGCGAAUUACCCGCGAGAUGUUGACCAAUGAACGUGCAUUCGAGAAGCUGUAGUUAAUCCAAUCCUAACCUAAUGAUGUUAGCUACUAGAAUCCAAAACCACUACGUGAAUGGAAGGAAGUAAAAAGACUACUUUACGAGUAAUGUUAGCGAAAUCUGCACUGGUGUGAACGUGAUAUAAUCAAGAUGCAAUAGAUACUAAGCUGUGCCCCGAAAGGUCAAAUUAAUGUUUUUUUUUAUUUGUUGGAUUUCAUUCUAUGAAUAAAGUUGAUUUUUAUACGUUAA